AUGCAGUCCACGCGCUUCCUCGCCGCCAACAUGCUGCGCAUGCAGCAGCCUAUGCUCCGACAACGAGCCACCCCAAUGCUCCGAAUGCAGCCGGCGAGGGGUCUGAGAAGCACUCCCAGGAGAAUGGAAGUCCCGGUCCGUCCUCUCAUGCUCCCCAAACACACACAGAACACAUACUAACAUGUUCCGCAGAGAGAGGAGCAAUCCGGUACGUGAGCCAGAGAUUCCGCCAUAGACAGACCUGCCGACAACUGACAACCGGACGACAGCACACACCAUCUCCCAGCGCCUCCGCACCCUCAAGAAAAUCCCCCCAGAGUUGAUCCCCCUCGGCAUCGUCAUCGCAGCUGCUCUGAUUGCUGCGGCCUACAGCAUCGGUCGUAAACUCACGGUUGAUAAGACCCUGCGUCUGACGAGAACAGGCAAGCAGGCCGACCACUAG